GGAAUGCCGCGUUUGGAGGAACCGGUUACCUAGCAACAAGGCAGUCGUUCAUUUUUUCGGUUGCUGAACUCCAGUGUCAAAUUAAACCUUUUUACUAUCGUGCUUUUAUUAAAUUGUCAACAUGUCGGACUCUCAACAGCCACCAGAAAGCGUCUACAACCAUUUGUCAAAGGAAGAGAGCAAAGUUCAAAAAGCGCCGAGGUAUGUAUCCAAGUUCAGACAAGCUGUCAUUCUUGAGAACAAGGCAACCAAAGAUUCGAUGAAGACGAUGGGACCAGCGAACGUGGAAAUGCCAUCUCCAGACAAGUUCCUUAAGAAGCAUUCAAAGGAGCCCAAACUGCCUGAAGUGACAGAGUGCUCCAAAAAGUGCCUCAGAACUUGCACUUGCACUGUGAGAAAGCCACCAGUACCUAAAAGGACGGACAUCCCACCGAUGGAGAUUCACACCAAGAAGGAUUUUUCACAAACAACUGUUGCAGUGCCGGUGAAGCCUACGCCCGCUUCUGUAGACAGUAGGAAAGGAGAUAAGCAGCUCCUAGAACAGUCUGGACUUGUCCCCAAAUACGUCUUGAAACAGGAUUAUGGCGAAGUACCUGCAUACCUGCAGAAGCGCAGAGAAGAAGAGACUAAGACUCAGGAGGAGUAUGAACGCUUCAUAGCGGAGCAGAAGGAGCAGGAAGCUAAGAAGCGCCUGUCAGAAGAGGAGCGACAGUCCAUACUGAAGGGGCUGAAGAAGAGAUGGGAUCAUUUUCAUCGUGAGUACCAGUGCCUUCCUCUCAUCAUCGACACCUUCUCGAAGAAAGCCCACAAGAAAAGGCUGGAAGAGGCGAUGAGUCAGCUGGAGAAGGACAUCAGCUACUUUGAGACGUACACAAUCAUCUACAAACCCAAAGAUUAGUCUCAGACAGCACUGACUGUUGGAAACUCUAAUAUCAUCUAUUUAAUUUCCUUUAAUUGAUAAUUAUUCCACACGUUGGUGUUUUAUUUUGAAAUAACGUCCUUUUUAAACUCUGGAUUGUUUUAGAUGGCCAACAUUAUCUGGAGGAAAUGAAUAAAACCUUAUCAAGGAUGGCA